UACUGUAGUUCGGUUUCUUCUUCCUUGUUCUUUCCCUUCAGUCAUCUACCGGCCCGGGCGACCCAAAGCAAAGCAGACAGACAUAAUGUCCCAUCAAACGGGCAUACAAGCUGCGGAGGAAGUGAAAGACAUCUUUGCUAAGGCGAGGAACGGAGCCUAUCGCCUGCUGAAGGUUGUCAUUGAGAUGGAGACUCUGGUGCUGGGAGGCACCAAGCAUGCGUCUAAGAAGUGGGACCAGGAGUAUGAUGCCUAUGUGCUGCCUCUCCUACAGGAGGACAUGCCCUCCUAUCUCCUGUACAGGCUGGACUCUACUAACAACCAGGGAUAUGAGUGGAUCUUCCUGGCCUGGUCACCUGACCGCUCACCUGUUAGACAGAAGAUGUUGUAUGCUGCUACAAGAGCUACACUGAAGAAGGAGUUUGGGGGUGGACACAUUAAAGAUGAAAUAUUUGGCACAGUGGAGGAUGAUGUGUCGCUGAGUGGGUACAGGAAGUACCUGAUAGCACAGGCUGCUCCACAACCACUGACUGCUGCUGAGGAGGAGCUGAGGCAGAUCAAACUGAGUGAGGUACAGACAGACAUCAGUGUGGACACUAAGCAGCAAACUCUGACGGGCGUGGCCUUCCCUAUGCAGCGAGACGCCAUCCAGGCUCUGGAACAGUUCAGAGAGAAGAAGAUCAACUACGUACAGCUGGAGAUAGAUUUUAGGAAUGAGUGUAUCAAGCUGUCCAGCACCACUCCUACAGAACUGAAGGAUCUGCCCAAGAGGAUCCCCAAGGAUGCAGCCCGAUACCACUUCUUCCUGUACAAGCAUUCCCACGAGGGAGACUACCUCGAGUCUACAGUGUUCAUCUACUCCAUGCCGGGGUAUAAAUGUAGCAUCAGAGAGAGGAUGCUCUACUCCAGCUGUAAGAACCCUCUCAUCGAUACUGUGGAGAGCAACCUGCACAUCCAGAUAGCCAAAAAGCUGGAGAUUGAUAACGGUGAUGAGCUCACCGCAGAAUUCAUGUACGAAGAGGUCCACCCUAAGCAGCACGCACACAAGCAGGCCUUUCCCAAACCUAAAGGCCCCGCGGGGAAGAAAGGGGGGCGCCGGAUCACUAGACCACCAGGGGAUGGGGAAGAAGACUAUUAAAACACCCCUCCAUUUUAGUCCACAAUGGAACAUUCCACUUAGAAUAUAAGAACCCUUUAUCUGGUUAACUCCCAAAUGGCUCCCCUAUUCACUUUAUAGUGCACUAAUGUUGACUAGGGCCUAUAGGGCUCUGGUUAAAAGGAGUGCAAUAUAUAGGGGAUAGGGUUCCAUGUAGGACAUAGACCAUUGACAUGAAUCCCUCCUAAUGCCCUUUAACCUCAUAGACAACCAGCCUGUAGACUAUAUGAACUAUGCACACACAGACCACCACACUAAUAUAAGCCAUGACACUCAAACCUGUGAACUUACUUACAUUAGUAGCUUGUUAUUUAGACAGACAGUCGGUGCUGUGUUUUCAUGAUGAUGAGAGAGAGAAAGCGAACAUUUCCCUUUAGAGCUAUAAUAGCUAAUGUUUUUUUAUUUCUCAUAUUAUUUGACAAUGUUUUUAAAAUAUAUGGUUCCUAAUCCUGGUUCUGGAGAGCUGGAUGUGUUUUUAAGAUAUAUGGUUCCCAAUCCUGGUUCUGGAGGUCCUGGAGAGCUAGAGGUUCUGGAGGUCCUGGAGAGCUAGAGGUUCUGGAGGUCCUGGAGAGCUAGAGGUUCUGGAGGUGUGUGAGAGGAAAGACCUUGUGGUUUUUCUAGUGAGCAUGUGAUACUGAUCUGAACACUUCACCUUGUUAUUAGUGCUGAUUCAAUGCCGACAAUGUUGUAGCAGUUCUAUAAUGCCUUGUGUAAAGUCAAUCAAUAGAGAAUGUUGUUCCACAACCGCUAGCCCUUCAGGAUCAGAGUUGAGGACUGGGUCCUAUUCAUGUGACACUAAAUGGAGAAAACAGAGAGGGACCACCUAGACUUGUCCAAUAAGAAUAGCUUGUUUUCGCUUUCCGUUGAUAAAUGUUUGAAAAUUUUUAGCUAUGGUGUGCCUAAUGAAUAGGACCAUGCUGAUGUAGAAGCUUGAUUUGGGAGAGAAGAGAGGCCAUGUGUGGGUCUGUGGAUGUUGUUAAGAAGCCUACAUUUUACUGUAUGCAUCUAAUUUGUACUACCACUACCAUGUCCAUAACAACUAUAUGAUUACAUGUCAGUCCAAAAUCUAGUUAGUGAUUUCUCUUUCCAUGUUCUUUUACUGAAGAAUGAAAAACCUUAUAGAAAGUAUUUUUCUAGGUCUGUGAUGUACUGUAUGUGUGUGUGGUGUUCUGCGACUGAGAGGUCACAGCCUGAAUCAGUUGAAUGGCAACCGUUAUCUGUUUGUCGGUCUGUGUGAGAGAGAGAGUGCCUGGGUGCGUCCGGAAUGGCACCCCAUUCCCUAUAUAGUACACUACUUUUGACCAGGGUCCAUCAGAAAAGGCACCGCAUUCCUUAUAUAGUGCACUACUUUUGACCAGAGCCCAUCGGAAUAGGCACCCUAUUCCCUAUAUAGUGCACUACUUUUGACCAGAGCCCAUCAGAAUAGGCACCCUAUUCCUUAUAUAGUACACUACUUUUGACCAGAACCCAUCAGAAUAGGCACCCUAUUCCUUAUAUAGUACACUACUUUUGACCAGAGCCCAUCAGAAUAGGCACCCUAUUCCCUAUAUAGUGCACUACUUUUGACCCAGGUGCCAUUUCAGACGCAGACCUGUUUGUCAGGGUUGCUCGUUUGUGCAUUUCACAUCAGUGAUAUUAAUCCCACAUAAUAUGCAAUGCUUUUCAACCACAAUGCUGCAGGUCUUUCCCCACGUGACACUGUGUGUACGCAUGUGAUGUUUAUUAGAACCACAAUGAAGGGAAGGGACUGUGAUUCCCAGGUAAAAUGUCAUGGAGAAUCUGUCUACUCAUUCCAUGAAAAGGCAAACCACUAUGACAUGUUCAUGCUGUACUAGAUUACUAUGACAUUAUGUAAUUCUGAAGGAGUCCUAGUACCUUGAAACUAUCAUGUUAUGUAAUGUCUCAAAUGUUUUUUUUCUAUGAAUUAAAUUGUGUAAGGAAAUGAAAUAAAUUAAAAUAUUUAAAUUCCAUUCA